AUGGCACGUUCGAAGCGCGUCUUUGUGUUUGGCGCAGCGCUAGUGGUGGCGCUCCUGGCGCUGCUUUGGCCGCAGAUCGAGCAAUACCUCGUCACUAGUGGAUACAAAUGUCCGUAUCCUUUUUCGGCGCUGCUACGCGACAAGAGCGCGGAGAACGAGGCGGUCGCACACGCGGAGGGGCUACCGACGUAUACGUUGGACCAGCUUCGUCUGUACGACGGAUCGGACAGCGACAAGCCUCUGCUGCUUGCAGUUGGUGGCAAGGUUGUUGACGUGACGUCCGGAGCAAAUUUCUAUGCCAAGGGACAGUCGUACAACAUUUUUGCUGGAAAGGCUUGUACGCGUGCUCUAGCACUAGGGUCACUGAAGCCGGACGACCUAAACGACGACGUCUCGGACUUUAACGAGAAUCAGAAACAGGAACUUGCUGUGACGAAGGCGUUCUACUACAAAAAGUAUCCCAUCGUACGUGUCCCGGUCAUUGGCUAG